UUUAUAUUAAAAUAAGAAAAUGGCGUGUAUGUUGUGUUGAAGAAAUUUAAGUAAACAUUAUAUUGUGUUUUUAUAAUUGAAUUUAUUAUUUUUAAAUUAAUAAUAUUUUUUAACUGUUUAUUGGGAGACCGUAAACAAAAGUGGACUCAUGAGUCUCCUUACUGAUGUCGGCCGUGGCUCCCACUAUCCCCGGGGUUGACCCAACAAAGGAAAUACAGAAGCGUCGAGGCGGUAGUGUUGGAUCAGAUGACGACGACGCAAGUGGUGGGAAAUACACAAGGAUGGAGGAGGACAAUAUUCAAGAUAAGGAAAGAUUUGCAAGCCGGGAAAAUCACUGUGAAAUUGAACGGCGUAGACGAAACAAGAUGACGGCUUAUAUAACGGAACUAUCCGAUAUGGUUCCAACAUGCUCGGCUCUCGCACGGAAGCCCGACAAACUCACCAUACUGCGUAUGGCGGUUGCACAUAUGAAAGCAUUAAGAGGUACUGGCAACACCUCUACCGAUGGAACGUACAAGCCGUCAUUUUUGACUGACCAAGAAUUAAAGCACUUAAUCCUAGAAGCCGCCGACGGGUUUUUAUUUGUGGUCAGCUGUGACACUGGCCGUAUAAUAUACGUUAGUGAUAGCAUCGCGCCUGUACUUAAUUACUCCCAGGGGGAGUGGUAUUCGUCAUGUUUAUAUGACCAAGUGCAUCCAGACGAUGUUGAGAAAGUACGCGAACAGUUGAGUACGCAAGAGCCUCAGAAUACCGGACGUAUAUUAGACCUGAAAACGGGCACUGUCAAGAAAGAGGGCCACCAGUCGUCAAUGCGUCAAGUGAUGGGGUCGCGGCGCGGGUUCAUCUGCCGCAUGCGCGUGGGCGGCGGCGCAGAGAACGCGCACGUGGGGCGGCUGCGCGCGCGCAACUCGCUCGGCCCCUCCCACGACGGACACAACUACGCCGUGGUGCAUUGCACCGGCUACAUCAAGAACUGGCCGCCCACAGAUCUGUUUCCAGGUAUGCAGAUGGAUCGACCGGUAGACGAUGAACUGCAUGCGUCCCAUUGUUGUCUUGUAGCCAUUGGAAGAUUACAGGUAACGUCCACUCCGAACGCGACGGAGAGCAGCCUGUGCAGCGGCGGCGUGGAGUUCGUCUCGCGUCACUCCAUCGACGGCCGCUUCACGUUCGCGGACCAGCGAGCGGCGCAGGUCGUGGGCCACGCGCCCGCGGACCUGCUCGGGAAGCUGUGCUACGAGUUCUACCACCCCGAAGACCAGCAGCACAUGAGGGACAACUUCGAUCAAGUAUUAAAAUUAAAGGGUCAAAUAAUCUCUCUAAUGUACCGGUUUCGCACGAAAAGUAGAGAGUGGGUGUGGCUUAGGACAUCUGCCUUUGCAUUUUUGAACCCCUACAAUGACGAAGUGGAGUACAUCGUGUGUACAAAUACAUUAGCAAAUCGGUCGCUGGGCAGCACGACGGGCGAGAGCGUGACAGAAGAGUAUGACUAUCACUUGCGGCAGCGGGACGUGUAUCAGGCGCCGCCGCCCGCCAACAUACACCAGCAUCAUACACAGACAGCAGGAGGUGCGGGUGGCGUGGGCGGUCGGUCGCCGGCGGAGGGCGGGGCGUCAGUGGGGAACGCGGCGUACGGCGCACACUACACGCCGGACUACUCGCCGCACAGGCCGGCCAACACGCCGCCGCAUACCACCUGGACCACGCUGAGACCGAGCGGCACAGGCGGCGGCGGGGAGAGCUACGCGUACAGCGGCGAGCCGGGCGCGGUGGGCGUGGCCGGCGCUGCCACGGCCAGCCCCGCGCGCUCGCCGCCCGCGCCGCCCUACCUGCCGCCCGCGCACUACCACCACAACCACCACGCGCACGCCGCGCACCCCGCGCACCCCGCGCACUCCACGCACGCAGGUAUGUGGGCGUGGCAGGGUGGUGUGAGCGGGGCGGGAGCCGAGGGCGGGGGGCAGGCCCCGCACGAGUUGUCGGACAUGCUGCAGAUACUGGACCAGGGCGGGGCCGCCGCCUUCGAGGACCUCAACAUCAACAUGUUCAACUCCAACUUCGACAACGUCUAGCUGUAGCUCAACACUCUCAUUGUCACACCUCGUCCAUGGGACUUAUAACUCGAGUUGCACCCGGACUUUACGUACAAAAGCUGAAGGUGAAGAGCGACUUAAACUCGAAACAAGCUGCGAAGGCUCAUGUAAGGUCUUUUCCACUGUCUCUUCGCUGCUUAUCGGACAGUGGUCCUUUCCGUGUGCGACAACGAAGAACGCAGUUCACUCGUGUCCGCUAGACAUUAUGGAAGCAUUUAUCAUUUGGGGUUAAUGGUUCGAGCGGAGCCCGCACGCUGGAGUGGUAGCUGAGUCUUAUAUAGACACUCAUAACUAUAGUUAUAGUGGUUCGUUUUACGUGUUAAGUAAACAGUGAUAUUUUUUCUAUAAUAUAAGUCACAUAAUUUAUAUAUAUUUUUUUGUCUAUGUAUCAAACACUGGCUGCUUCUAAAUCAUUGUUGCUGACACGUUUUUCCGUUGAUUCCACAGACUGUGCAUGCGAUAUAAAUUAAAUUGCUCCGCGAGCAGCGAGUGUUUGACAUUACCAUAGGCGCAUUUAUGGCUAGCUUACAACACUUACAUAUUAACUAUUAUCCUACAAAAAGACCAAUUUCCAUUGUUAACAGUAGCAUAUGUGUGACUCUCUAUUAUAGAUCAAAUACUCAUUUUGAACAUAUUGGCAACAGACUGUUCAGAAGUUUUUGGAGGCCGACCUAGAAGUAAGUAUCCAAUAUAAAUGGUAUAGUUUUUAUUUGUUACGAUGUGAUAAGUAACAAAGGUUAUUGUUUUGUAUAAGACCGGGUAAUAUAAGGCAGUGCUAGAUAAAUGUAAAUUCAAUUUGAUGCACACAAUAGAUCUUAUUGUACGUAUCUGUAAUAUACUAUAAUAUAUUAUGCAAUGUUUGAAGCAACAGGACUACUUUGAGCGGCGAGAGUGUAAUAUGACAUAGUAAAUAAACAUAUAUUAGUAAUGUAAAGAAUAUCGCGAGACACUCGGUUGGUGUGAAGUUCCUUUCGACGAGUAUUUUGAAUUGACAUUUUAAUAAUAGAGGUAAAAAUAUCAAAAAGUAGGCCUAAUGUGUGGAACUCGAUCACAGCGCCACCUAUCGCCUACUAGAUACUAAUAGAUCGAGUCGCUUAGGAAAACAAUUAUAAUUUUUAGAUACCAUAACAGAAUUUAUUUAAUUUGUAAUCAAGUAUGCCAUUUUUAAUAACGCUUUUAAAAUAUUUUUUUCACUAGCUAGUGGUUUCAUAUCAUAUAGUAUCGUGGACCUUUAAACUAAUAAUUUUAUACUAUUUUUUAAAAUAACUCCAGCUCAUGCAGGUAAAAUAGUUGGAAAAUUCUUAUAUGCCUUCACGAAAAUCAAUACUCAAAAUAUGGAAAAGCCUACUUUACUACCUUACUUCCUUAAGUAAGGUAUUUACAAACUGAUAAAAAUAUUUCUUCAGCUUUAUAAUACAAUUAAUUUAAUACACUAAACGACCACGUGGCAGUAGUUAUAACGUGCGAUAAGGAACUUCGUAACAACACCCAGAAUCUCAUUAGUAAGUACAUGAUGUACAUUAUGUGUAUAUUGUCGCGGUUGUUCGCCUCUUUACGAUAUCUUUAUUUUUCUAGGCAAUGGCAAUCGUAAGUCAACAUAUCUAUGUCGUCUUGUAUAUGUUAAUGAGCUACCGGUACUAUAUAUAAAAGUGUUUUAGUUCCACACUUUAUUUGAGGGUAUUUUAAAAAUCACCAAUUCCGUGUAUUUAUUGGUCACGUGACACAUUAAACAUUGUUUGCUUUUAAGUAUUUUUAUAAACCUGUCGAGUGUAAGUAACUCUGUGGAAAGUAAAGGAAUUAAUUAUUACAAUUAAUUUUGUAAAUGAAAAUACAACAUGUCCACAAAUUCAUUGGCAUGAAAAAAUAAAACAAAAAUCUGUUUCCUCUUUUAAAGGUUUCAUUCGCUUUUCCAAUAAUUGAGCCCUUUAUAUAAAUGUUAUUUUGAGGCCCUGUACAAUAUUUUUAAGCACUGUGACUAGAAAUUUGAAAAUAUUAUUGUUUCAGUAUUAGCAACUUGUUACAGCUUCAAAACUACUCGAUUAUAUUCGUAAUUAUUACAUUAAAAUAAAACACUUGACUAAUGUUGAUCAAUAUUCUAAUAUACUUCAAUAAUCUAAGUAAUCUGCAACAUAGUUUUCUAGUACCGAUAUAUUUGUUACAAUAUUAUUAUUUCAUAUUAAAGAAGUUACAACCCAAAUUAAAGAUGUAUUAAGCGUUUGAUGAAUAUAAACCGAGUAUUUUAUACAUAAACAAUUUAUUUCCCCGUUACUUGUGGAUCGUAUACAUAUAGCAUUCCAAACUCCAGUAUCUAUAUAUAUAUAUACAUUCAUAAAAUUUCCAAUGUUGUUUUUAUACGAUGAGUGAUGCUAUUGACAACUUUGUGUUACUAUACUAAAGAUAAAUGCACAGUAUUUCGGUAUAAAUUAAGUAUGUUUUUUAUAUAAUAGUUUAGUUUUAAGUGUUACCUGCGACAUGACUUUAGUUAGGUGGAAUUUAUAUUUUGAAAUUCGUACUUUCAAAUACAGUCCUUAAAAAAAAUUGUAAACUCAAUUUAUGUGUUUUGCAACAAUCAGUAAUGCUUAUCUUUUGCGAGUUUUCCAAUGGUAGUAUUUUUUUAGAGAAAAUGGACAUUCUGUGUUGUCUUAUACUGUUUGAUUAGUAUUAUAUAUAAUAAAUAUUGAUUUUAAAUUUAGUUUAAAGUUUUUUUUUAUUUAAGAUCACAGUUUUUCAUCUCGGACAAAUAAUCUAAUGUCGUUUAAGUGAGGCGCUCUUGUGUAUAAUACAAAGUUUGAUACAUUUGUUAAAUAUUUUAUAUCAAUUGAAAAUAUUAUUGAAAUCAAUUAAUAAUUCGAAUUUUCAGCGAUAUACAUUGAUGUAUUUUUAUAAUUUGUUUUAUUAUAGCUCUUUUUAUUUUCAAUAAAUUCUUAUUGAAGACAUUCGAAAUAAUUGUAAGUCAUUCAAAUCAUCGCGGAGAAAUUAUAGUGAAAUUGAUGCACAUAGAGUUCCUUCGGCGACCUCUCUGGGAACAAUGUGUUAUAUAAUGAGAUAUAAUAUUAUUUGAUUAGAGGAAUUCUUGGCAGUUUUACCAUAUUAUAAUAAAAUAGUUGUUGAUCACUACUUUUAAUUUUUAAGCUUAUUUUUAAGAAUUGCAUCAAACUCGAUGUUUUUAAAUUUAUAUUAUUUUAUUAUUCAAUCAAAAAUAUACAUUUUUUGUAAAAAAAAGAA